GGAAACGAAUAAACUGAAGAUCGGUUUGAAGCGGAAAAUUUUCAAAGCUCGUUUAAAUUUCAAAAAAAGAAAAAAGAAAUAAACUCUUUCCUUCCAUGUAAAGCGAUCAAGCCCCUCUUUCCUACGUAACAGUGUAAAGAAAAAUUUUCAGGCAAAGAGGAAAAAUGCGUAUUGAAGAAGUAGAAGCAGAAGAAGAGGAAGUAAAGUGGGUAAAACACUAUUCAUCAGAUUACAGUAUAUUAUUAGUUGGGGAAGGAGAUUUCUCUUUCUCUUCAAGUUUGGCCAACUCUUUUGGCUCUGCUUCUAACAUUGUGGCUACAUCUCUUGAUUCAUAUGAUGUUUUAGUUAAGAUGUACAAGAAUGCAAAGUCAAAUCUUGAAAACCUAUUGAAGUUAGGAGCAACUAUAUUGCAUGGAGUGGAUGCAACCAAAAUGAAAUUUCAUCCAGAUUUGAAGAUGCGGAAAUUUGAUAGGAUCAUUUUCAACUUCCCUCACGCGGGCUUCAAUGGAAAGGAAGAUGAUAUCAAUGUCAUCAAUAUGCAUAAGGAACUUGUGCUUCACUUCUUCAAGAAUGCUAGUUGCAUGCUGCGAGCUUAUGGAGAAAUACAUGUAUCACACAAAACAUCACGUCCAUUUUGCGACUGGAACAUUGAGGAACUUGCUUGCAGAUGCUCUUUAGAACAAGUCGAUUGUGUUGAUUUCAAGAUAGAAGACUACGCAGGUUAUAAAAACAAGAGAGGAAAUGAUAAAAAGAAUGGCACUAGAUGGGAUGAGCCCUUCCCUUUGGGAGAGUGCAGUACCUUCAAAUUUGCUGUUAAGAAGUCCAAAGUAAAACCUCAUUUUGUUAACAAAAGUUCUAGGCUACAUCAAUAUCAGGGUAAUCCAAUCCAAAUGCAAUGUCUCACAAAUGUUAAUGAAUUUAUGGGGCAUAGGCCAUCAACUCUAGAUUUCGGUGCCAGAAAUGCUAAUGUAUUUGAUAAUCAAUUCAAUCGUGCCUCAGAAACAUUCGAGAGAGGUAUGGACCAUUUCUCUGAUGGAGCCCAAAGACGAAACUAUGGAAGGUAUAUGGCAGAAGCAUCUGAGACUCAGCAAUGUCAGGGUAACUCAAUCAAGUCUCUGUAUUGUCCAGCUUCAUUUGGCACUAUGUAUCCUCAAAUGAAUUUCAAUGUAAAUGGGAUGUUCAUGGCAGAUGAAUCUCAUGCUCAGCAAUUUCGGAGCAAUUCAAUCCAGUCUCUGCAUCAUUCGGUUUCGUUGGCCACUAUGAAUCCUCGAACAAGUUUCGAUAUAGAUGUGAAUGAGCAUCCCGGGUACAUCAGAUCACCGUUAAGUACUAAUAUUAGAAGGGAAAGUGUUAAUGCCUCAAAUGGGUACUCAAAUCAUGCCUCAGAAGAAACAUGGAGGCACAAGGUAAGGUUAUUUGGUCAGCAUUCAGAUGGAACAAGAAUGCCUGACUUGAACAGGUUUAUGGCAGGUGCUCCUACAAAGAAGAUCACAUGGUGAAUUGAGUGUGUUGGAUGAUAUGAAUAUUAGGAGAGCGUUGCUGCAGAAGAUGGUGUUGCCUUAUGGUCUGCAAGAACAAAAAAGUCUUGGUGGUUUUUAGUCUAAGGUGACUGGAGCUUCUUUUUGUUCUUUAGUAGGUUGGAGAUGCAAAUUAGUAUGUAUAUUUUGGUAGAGCUGAACCCAAGCUCAGAUUUGCUCUAGCUGGAUAUUUAAAUUAUAUAUAACUAUGUUUUCUUUGUGUGCUGUUUUUAUUUUUCCUUUUCUUUUCUGGUAA